AUGCCGGCAAAGUACGGCCGGCGUGCGGGAGUGGGGGGCAAAGACGGCGACGAUGCUGUCGCUGCGGUUGCCUCAGCCAAAAAGGUUGCUUCUGCGGUUGGUAGGCAGCCGCCGCAGGAUGAGGUGGUGCACAAGGAUAGGCUUCACAACCUGGACGACGGCGUUGACGAGCAGACACGCGCGCAGGCUGCCCAGCAGGCCGCAGAGGAGAAGGAGCGGCUUGUCAAGCGCAUCGCAGAAGCCCCUCUGGGCUACACAGCCAUUAUGCCCAAACUCGCUGAAUUAAACCUAUCGAAUCUGUGGAACGACUUUCUGAAUACCAUUCAUCAGGACUUUGACAUCUCCCCACUCACCGCCUGUCUCUCGCAGCAGUUAGAUGACGAGGAUGUGACCUGGAACCCGGACAUGUUGCUUGUGCAGCUCACCUCGGAAAUGCUGGAUGCCGCCGAAAGCGGCGACAGUGCCCCACCUGCGCCUGAUCCCGCGGCACUGGAGGCGACGGGCGAGGCACGAAGGCGGCGCAAGGAGUUGCUGGAGAAUGCGGACGAGUUGCUUGCGACAACGCGGGGCCGCCGCCGCCGGCCGGGAGGCGAAGAAGAACAGGCAACGCCAGAAAAUGUGGCACAAGCGCCUGCGCCAGGGGAGGCGAGUGGAGGCGGCGCUUCAGAAAAAGUACAGAAGCAAGUGGAGCGGGCACGCGGAAAAGAGAGCAACCGCAGCGGCAGAGAUGCACGGCCAAAGGACCCUUCUGUAUCCACUUCUCCAGCUCAGCACGCCCCAGGAGCUCAUGCCUCCCCAGCUGUGGACGCCAGGCGAAAGGCAGUUGAGGACAAAGCCAGGGCGCAGGGUUCUCGUGCAGAUAAAGCGGCAGCUGGCAGGGGCGAGUUGCCAGCCAAGACGGAGAAGAAAUAG